ACCUUGUGUGGUGCUUCCAAAUACAGCGAACUAAACAUUGAGCUUCUUGCGUGGUUUUGUUAGUUUAAGAAGUGUUAAUCUGUCCAAACAUCAACUAUACGUUAGUAUCGUAUGUUACUUCGUUUUUGGCCGAACCCUUUCAGAGCCGACUCGUCGGUAGAAGCGAUCGUUCAUUUCGGUUUAGGUUUUCGCCUCUCGACGUCAGUAUUGCGUUGGCUUUGUAGCAGUGUAGAUUGUAGGUUGUUUGAUCUCUUGAUCGAUCUGAGCUUCAAAUGAAGGUGGCAUUGGUAGUGGCUGCAAUGGCCGUUGCAGUUGCAACGGCUCAGCAGUCGAUCGACAAGGUAUACUUUCCAGAAAAUGAAACAUCGAUUCUGGACUUUGCUAACCGCGCAAGUUUUGACGAAGUGGUCACACCAGAUCCACUAGGGCCUAAUUCGCCGACGCUCUCUCCAAUGACAUUAAUCACUGCUCAAGGUGAAAAAUGUACCUGUGUGCCGUAUUUCAUGUGCAAACCCGAAGCCGAAUUCGCAGAUCAAAACAAGUUUAACGAGAUUGACGUCAACUAUAAUCCGGACAGCUGCCAGGAUGUGCUGGAUGUGUGCUGUCGCGCCGAAGAUUCCUUGGUAGUGCCCAUGAAUAACACCCCCGGAGUAGUUUCAAACAGGAAGCCCCUUGGAUGUGGCUUAAGGAAUAUUGGCGGUAUUGAUUUCACGCUUACUGGAAACUUUAAUAACGAAGCUGGAUUUGGCGAGUUCCCUUGGACGGUUGCCAUUAUCAAAACUGCCGAUAGUUCUAGCCAUUGCGGAGGUUCGCUGAUUCACCCUAACCUGGUACUGACGGGAGCACAUUGUGUGCAGGGUUUCCGCAGAGGCCAACUGAAAAUUCGAGCCGGUGAAUGGGACACUCAGACAACGAAGGAACGUCUACCAUUCCAAGAACGACUGGUCACCCGAGUCAACAGCCAUCCUGACUACAAUCCGAGAACGUUGGCCUAUGAUGUAGCUGUUUUGGAACUGGAAAGUCCCAUCAAUUUGGCCGAUCAUAUUAAUAUCGUUUGUUUGCCACCCAACAACUACGAUACGAGGCGAUCUGAUUGCUUCGCCAGUGGCUGGGGAAAGAAUCAGUUUGGAAAAUCAGGUCGCUACAGCGUAAUUAUGAAGAAAGUGCCUCUUCCGAUCGUAGAAUCGUCAACAUGUGAACGUCAACUGCAAGCGACUCGACUCACGUCUCGUUUCCGAUUGCAUCAAACGUUUAUUUGCGCUGGAGGUGAACCUGGCGUUGACACAUGCGAAGGAGAUGGCGGUGCCCCAUUGGUUUGCCCAGUCGGUCCAGCUAAUGAAAAUCGAUAUGCUCAGAUGGGAAUGGUAGCUUGGGGCAUUGGAUGCCAUGGCAAAGUCCCAGCAGUUUAUUCCAAUGUGAUGAGAUUCCGAUCCUGGAUUGAUAACGUGGUCAGGACUCUUGGUUUCGAUACAUCUGUAUACGAUGCUACUCAAUCACAAUUUUCGGGGUUAUUUGCAUAGGUUUGUAGAUUAUUAGAAUAUUUGAAUAAACAUGACAUUAAGUA